AUGCGUAGCGCUUCCUUAUGGUCUGGCUCACCAACCAUAACACACAAAGCCAAAGUUGCGUGGAAAGAUCUUUGCUGUCCAAAGGAGGAAGGAGGUCUUGGAAUCCGGCGUCUCUGUGACACUUCCCGAGUGUUUGCGUUAAGUCUCAUUUGGAAGCUUUUUUCUCUAUCUGGAUCUCUGUGGGUGGCCUGGACGCGAGAGUUCCUGCUAAAGGCCAGUUCCCAUUGGGACGCCAAGGAGAAUAAGGGUUCCUGGAUCUGGCGCAAACUUUUAAAACUGCGCCCCCUAGCUUAUGAGUUUAUACGAUAUGAGGUUAAAGAUGGCAAAUCGAUCUUCUUUUGGUUUGACAACUGGUUGCAAACAGGGAAACUGCUGAGCUUAACAGGGGAUCUUGGAAUCCGAUACCUAGGAGUUCACAGGUCUGCUAUAUUAGCAGAGGCAAGUGAAGAUGGGAACUGGCUUAUUAGGAGAAUACCAGACGUAACAGCAGGGCCUGAUAUUGCACUAUGGAGGCAUGAACAAGAUGAUUUCAAGCCCUCGUUUUCUGCUGCAAAAACCUGGAACAAUAUGCGCCUCACCCAAAGCAAGGUACCGUGGCACCGUCUGGUUUGGUUUCCUCAGGCCAUUCCUAGGCAGUCUUUCAUGGUAUGGCUUGCUAUUAAAGACAGAUUAUCAACUGGAGUACGGAUGAGAAUAUGGAUGAAUAUAGCACAAAAACUACUAGGAGCAGCAAUAACGCCGGAUUGGGAGGGCACUAUCGUCACCCUUCUAAAACCCAACUGUCAUAAACUCGACAUCAUCCUGCUCAGACUUGCUUUUCAGUCAGCUAUCUAUACACUAUGGAGGGAAAGGAAUUCAAGAAGACAUGGAGGUCCUUCAGUGGUCAUGACAAACCGAACCAUUGGAAAGUUGGUAAAGAAUCGUAUCACCUCUUUCAAGUAUAAGGGGACUCACAAGCUUGAAGGUCUGAUGAGGAGAUGGUUUGAGGUCUAUUCAGACUAA